AUGACGAGGCAUUCUGCCGAAUCGUCGCUUGCUGCCAGCGACUCAGAUGACGGCUUCCAAGACUCAUUGAGCGAUGAAGAAGAGCACGAAACACUGCUUAACCAGGAGAGCGUGGCGUUGGAGCGUCGCAUGAAGACUAUGGGCAUCCGCGACGGUCUGGAGCUGGGAAAGGAAGACACGCUGCAGCAAGGCUUCGACCAGGGCUUCACAGAGGGGGCAGUGCGCAGUUUCCGCUUCGCACGGCUACGUGGGGCUCUCGGGACAUCGUCAGCCUGCGGCCUCUUACCUCUCGACAUGAUGACACAAGCGAAAGCCUGCAUGACUCAAUUGAGGUCACUCGAAAUGGACACGAGUGUCCACAAGGACGGAGAAAAGGACCCGUCAUCCGACGACACCGUCAAACUAGCCGAGACCAUCCUAAAAAGCGUCAACCUGGACCUCUCAACGUCCUCCAAGCAGUAG